UCAAAAUAAAAGUCUUGUGACGUUUACAUUGGCGGUGCGCUUGCGCUGUGCUCGUUCUCUAAACACGUGCAAACAUGGAGCCCACACGAGAUGAAUUGGAUCUCGAUCGGUCUCAGGUGAAAAAAGCAGCCCUAGCUUUACAAGCCUUUUUAAAAAGCACAACUUCAACCCAGAAACUAUUUUUGAAUGAGGGUCAACCCAUCUCUCUUCUCUUUACCCUGUGGAAAAUCCCUAAAAAGGAGCAAACCAUUCGCAUUCCUUUACCCAGUGGACUGAGAACAGAAUCAGGGGAGGUAUGUCUGUUCACCAGAGAUGAGCCCAAAAUGACAUCAGAACAGACAGUGACCUUCUACAAAAGGUUGCUUACAGAGAGAGGAGUCAAAAAUGUCACAGAGGUGAUUCCCUUCAGAGUGUUGAAGACGGAGUACAAGCCAUUCGAAGCCAAGAGACGACUACUGGGCAACUUUGAUUUGUUUCUCUCAGAUGCACGCAUUCGCCGCAGGUUACCCUCCCAUAUUGGGAAGCAUUUCUACGAAAAAAAGAAGGCUCCUCUGUCUGUGGAUUUAGAGAGCAAACACAUGGCCAGAGACUUGGAACGUCUCAUUCAGGGCACCACCCUCACUGUUUCAAAGAAAGGAUCAUGUUGUAUGGCACGUGUGGCACAUUCAGGCAUGACUACAGAUGAGAUGGUGGACAACAUAGUCGCAACAGUUAACACAGUCUCCACAAAGUUAGACAUGAAAGGAAGAAACAUUAAAAGCAUACAUUUAAAAAGUCUGACCUCAGCCGCACUGCCCAUCUACACUUCUGAUUUGAGUCACAUCACAUUGAUGGAGGAGGUCACAAAGCAAGCCAGUUUAAAGAAGGGAGCACAAAAGAGGAAGAGAGAGAAUGCGAAUACAGAAGUACCGGGUGAUGUCACUAAAGAGAGCGAGGACGAUCAGGACACUGAAGAAGAGGAAAUUCCACAGCUUGUGCCAAUCGAGACACCAACCAAAAAGCCAAAACAGAUGGAUGUGCCCAAAAAAGGAUUGAAAAAGGCGCCCAAGCCUUCUGCUGGCAAAGGACUUAAGAAAAUCGUAAAAGACAAGAAACUGGCCAAGAAAACGCCAAAGGUCACAUCACGUGGUCAGAAAAUCAAAGCUUGAGGCAAAUGAUGAACAGCCUUUUAAUCCUGUUAACUAUUUGGACACUUGGAUUUUGUUUAAAACGACAAUUUACUGUACAUGCUUACUCUUCUAAAGCUUACGUUUGCAUUUGGUCUGACAGAUCAAUGCUGAAUUAAAAUAAUUCUUAUUCUGA